AUGGCCGCAGGCGUGAUCCGGCCUCUCUGUGACUUCCUGCCACCCCUGCCCACCCGCCGGCCCUUCCUGCCCUCAGACCCGGAGCCCCAGGAGACCUCUGAGGACGAGGACGACGAGGAAGACGAGGAGGAGCCGGAGGGGCCAGGCGGCCGCAGCCCAGCCCCCGAGGCCUCGGGUUGGGCCCCAGAAGCAGGCCCCCCGGGUCCCAGCAGCCCCGAGACACCCCUGCAGCUGCUGCGGUUCUCCGAGCUUAUCAGUGGUGACAUCCAGCGGUACUUUGGCCGCAAGGACAGGGGGCAGGACCCCGACGCCUGCGACAUCUACGCGGACGACAGUGCAGCCCAGGACGUCCCAUGCGCUGACCUGGCACGCCUGGCCCCGGGUGGGCCCCCAGAUGGCGACCAGGCUGCGGAGUCCGGGGUCCUCUCUCCCAGGGGUCCCGAGGGGCAGGCCUGCGGGCUGGGGCCCCUGGCCGAGCUCUUCGACUACGGGCUGCGGCAGUACUCAGGGCCUGGGGCCCCAGCCGGCAGGCGGCUCAGGCUGGAGCGAAAGUAUGGCCACAUCGUCCCCAUGACCCAGAGGAAGCUGCCUCUCUCCUUCUGGGAGGAGCCGGCCCCCGGCCCCCUGGGCCUGCUCCUCCCUGGCACGCCUGACUUCAGCGACCUGCUGGCCAGCUGGUCAGCGGAGACUGGCCCCGAGCUGCCCGGGGGAGGGGCCCAGGCCCUGGACGGGGUAUAG